AUAAAUUUACUAGUUAAAUAAUUAAAAAGAAGGAAAACUAUUUCUUUAUUAUAUUUAUAUAUUAACAAUAUGAAUAAUAACUUUGUUUCAUUAAAAGAUGAUGAAGGAGAACGAUAAAUGCAUCAACACCAUUCUUAAGACAAAUUUAUCAGUUACUAAACUAAGAGAAUCUUCAACAUUGAUAAGAAGCAGAAUUUUGAAUCGACUACACUCAAACCUGGAGAGAAUAAUAUUUAAAAAAAUACUUGUAACAAUCUUUAAAAUUUUAAAUAUGAACCUCUCUCAAAUGGUUCUCAAUAGCAUAUUAUUAGCUAGCUUUCAGAUAUGAAAGAUUUGAGAAAUAUUAGAACACGCUAAUCAUUAUUUUAAGACUAAAAGAGCCCUUAAAGUUUUGCCUUUUUUAAGUGUGACAAUUCUGAUUUAUAGAACGAUAAAAACUAAGACACAUAAAUAUUUUAUUAAAAUGAAUUAAACAAUCCAUUAUUGUUACAAGCUAAUUUAAAUGAAAACGAAAAUGAAUUUUUGGGUAAUUGCGAUAUUUAAUAAAUCUAAAAUAUGACUUAAAAUGAAAAUCUUUAUAAUUCCUUUAAUCCUGUUUUUGAUUAUAAUAUGAAUGCUAAUUUUGAUACAGAUAAUAUCAAUAGCUAUAAUUUUAAUAAUAGCAGUAUUUUUAAUUAAGAAAAAACUUAUUAUAUUUAGAAUUUAAAUAAUCAAUUUGCUUUAAAAGAGGGGUAAUAUAAUAUAAAAGAUUAUUAGGAAAAUAUAAAAUGCGGAGAAUAUGGGUAGAUGCCUGAAUAAAUAUAUGAAAAAUAAUGUGAAAUUAAUUAACAAACGCAAAUAAAUAGAAAUGAAAACACGUCUUACAAAUCAUAAGAAAAUUAAUAUUAAAAUAUUGAAGAUAAAAAAAUAAGCAACAAAUCGAGCAUAGAAAGGUUAAGGGAAUAUAGGUAAAUUAAGAAAAGAUAAAAACAGGAAUAUUUAAUUUCCAGACUUCAAUCUCUGCCAAAAAGAGUAUUAAGAAGCAGUAAGCAAGAAAAUACUAAGCUCGGUGAAGGUGAAAAUGAAGUGUUUUAAGAAUAAAUAGAUAUUUAAGACAAGUCUUAAACUCAAAACGAAGAAAGAGAAAGUUUAAAAUUUCAAGAGUUUGUUUUGUCUAAGGAAAAUAACUACUAUGAAAAUAACCAAAAAGUAAAUAGCUUUAACAACGAAACGAUGAUAUCAACUAGCUACUAAUUUUAAAAUGAGAUAGACGAUAAUGAUUUAAACGAGCAAUUUUUUUAGCCUCAAACUAGCUAAUUUUAUCAAGAUGAAGUUUUGUCUUUGUCAAAUCAAUAUUCGUUUGAACUUAAAAAUACUGCCUUUUAAUCUUCCACAAAUUAAACAGCAACAAAUGAACAGCUCUAAUAAGGGGCUAAUAAUUAUUACUAUAAUACGAGUAGCUUGAAUGAAUAUUCGAAGAAUCAAAGAUCUCAAAAUAGGACGAGCAAUCAUUCAGUAGACCCAGCUCAUUAAAAUGGAAGUGAAAAAAAGAAUAUUGUUAGGAAUAUAAUGGCGUCUUUUAAAAGGUUUAUUGAAUCCUUGUUUGAUGAAAAUAGUAGUAAAAAUCAAAAAAGUUAUUAAUAUCAAAAAACAAAGUUUGAUAUUUUCUUAAAUCAGUAAGAAAUCUUUAGCUUUGAAGAAACAAAAAAGAAGGUUUUGACAAAUUUAAUGGAAUUAUACAACCUUAAAGAGAAAGAAAAGAAAAUUAAUGAUUAAAGAGAAUUCUUUAAUACUUUUAAAAAAUAUUAUGAUAAAAAACAAUUUAAUAAUACGACCUUACAUUAGCUGUUAGGUCAUUCAAAUUUUGGUCCUGUCUUUGUAUAUUUUCUUAGGAGCUUCUUUGCAAAUUGGCUCGAAAAAAAUCUAAUUAUGAACUCUCAGACUCACCUGCAGAUGAGAGACUAAAUUAUAUAACUUCACGAGGAGGCUGAAUGA